CAACUUUUUUCAUUGCCCUCUUUUAUUUAUAUUAAUAUUCUGGUUACACCAAUUUGACAAAUAUGAAAAUGAUUUUCGUCCAGAUUAUCUCAAAUGUGAAGCGACCACUAUAAUAUGUUAAAUAUGAAACGAAAAGUGAAUUCUCUUGCAAAAAAAAGGAACAAGAAAAAUAAGUUGACGAAAAAGGAUUGGAAGUCACUAGAAGAGUAUGGUACUCUAAAUCCUAUUGAGUUGGAAGAGAGCGAAGAAGAAGAAAAUCUUUCAAAGAGAGUGUUUACGGAAGAUCAAUUAGAUGAAGGGAUAAAACGAGAAGAGUAUGAUAAAAUGACAUAUGAUGCAUCUGAUGAUGCAUCUGAUGAUGAUGAUGAUGAUGAAAAUGAUGAAAACGCUGAGGAUAUAUAUUUAGAUAAACCUAAUUCUUCUUAUAGAAAACUUGUUGGAUUAUUACAAGUUAAUAAAAAACGAAAAGUGGAUAAAAUGAAAAAAGAGAACGUGGACAUUAAUAAAACGGAUAAAGUUGAUGUCGCUAAGAGUGAUUUAGGAAAUAAAGAAGUAGAGAUGAAAUAUGAAAGUGGUUUACAACAAGAAAGUGGAAGAAAUAAAAAGGACAAUGGAGAAAAAAAGGAAAGAGAAAGAGAAGGAAAAGAUGAAGAAGAGGAACAAGGAAAAGCCGAAGGAAGUAGUAAUGAAGAUGACGAAAGGGAGGAUGAGGAGAACGAAAAAGACGAAUUUGAAAAUCAUUUUGGAGAUCAACAAAAAAGACAACAGAUAUUAAAUAGCAAAGUAACAAUGAUUGAACAAAAACAAUGGAAGUUAAUAAAUUAUGAAAAUGCAUCUUUAAAACAAGUUAGUAAAUAUAUACUCAAUGAUGACGGUGAGAAGGGUGAUGAUGAAAAUAACAAAUCGAAUAUCGAAUUAUUAAAGAUCAGACCGAAGUUAUUAGAAACUUGGAAAAAAGUUAAUAAAGUUAAUAAUAGUAACGAUAUAUUCACCGAUUUACAGUGGCAUUUAUUCCAACAAUUUAAUAAAUACCAAGACGUAUUAUAUACGAAUAGAAAUAUAGAAAAUUCAUUCGAGUUAAGAUAUAUUUACGCUUUACAUGCCUUAAACCAUAUUUAUAAGGUUAGAAAUCGUAUAUUAAAGAAUAAUGAGAAAUUAAAUAAGGCGCAUGCAGCUGGUAAAGACAUCGAUGAAAUAAGGGAUCAAGGAUUUACAAGGCCGAAAGUGUUGAUUUUAUUACCAUUUCGUAAUUCCGCUAUGAGCUUGGCAGAAAUAUUAAUAAAAUUAUCAGGGACUGAUCAACAAGAAAAUCAAAACCGAUUUUUUGAGUCUUAUGGAAUAACACCUGAACAAGAAAAAAUUGAUCUAAAGAAACCGGCCGAUUUUUUGGAGACAUUUAAAGGGAAUAUUGAUGAUAUGUUUAGAAUUGGAAUUAAGUUUACAAGAAAGUCUAUGAAAUUUUAUGCUGAAUUCUAUAGUGCAGAUAUUAUAAUUGCGUCUCCUUUAGGAUUAAGAAUGAUAAUAGGAACUGAGGGGGACAAGAAAAGAGAUUUUGAUUUUCUUUCGUCAAUUGAAGUGAUUAUAGUCGAUCAAUGUGAUACACUCUUAAUGCAAAAUUGGGAUCAUGUCGAACAUAUAUUUAGUCACAUGAACUUGAUCCCGCAGAAAUCACAUGAUUGUGAUUUCUCACGUGUAAAGAACUGGUAUCUAGAUGGAAGAGCACGAUAUCUAAGACAGACUAUCAUACUCUCUGAUUAUUUGACACCGGAAAUCAACAUGUUAUUUAACAAACAAAUGAAUAAUGUUGAUGGGAAAAUGAAAAUUAAACAUCACCAUCAAGGAACAAUAUUAGAUGUCAAUGUGAAAAAUAUUCGACAGAUAUUUACACGAAUUGAAUGUAAUUCAUUAUCAGAAAUAGAUGAUAUAAGGUUCAAAUAUUUCAUUGAAAAGAUAUUACCUAAAACAAGAAAAAUGAAUUUAUCACAUGUAAUGAUUUUCAUACCAUCAUAUUUUGACUUUGUAAGACUAAGAAACUAUUUUGAAGAAAAUACUAUUUCAUUUACGUCCAUCAGCGAAUAUACGAAUGUUUCUGAUGUUACAAGAGCACGUACUUAUUUUCUUAACGGAAAAAAAAAUUAUUUAUUGUAUACGGAAAGAUUUCAUUUUUUUAGAAGACACCAUAUGAAAGGAAUACAUCAUGUUAUAUUUUAUGCUUUACCAGAUCACGCUCAUUUCUAUUCAGAACUUUUAAAUUCUAUACAAUCCUCUUCUUCUGACAAGAAUUCAAACGAAAAGAUUACAAUUAAUGUGAUAUUUUCAAAAUAUGAUAAAUUGAGAUUGGAAAGAGUUGUCGGGAGUGGUAAAGUCAGUAAAAUAUUACAAGGAGAAAAGAAGAUUUACACGUUUAGUUAACCAAGAAGUGCUUGAGAGAAAAUAUUAUUGUUUGAUAGAACUUUUAUGAUGAUAUAAUUCUUGAUAGUAAUACAAAAUCUUUUAGUAUGGUACUAUGUAUUUACGCUAUUCAAUGAACCAUUUUUUUUGCAUUUUUUAUAUAUUAAGCGUUUUUCGAAUUUCGAUGAUAAAUGAUAAUAUUUAACACCUAAUUCACAAAUAAAGGUUAAAAUAUCAUCACUUAAAUGUAAGACGUCA